UUCCACUAACAUCCUGUAGGAGCCUCUCUCCCUACUGCUGCUACACAAGACCCCGAGACUGACCUGCAGGACGAGACCAUGAAGAGCCUGGUCCUUCUCGCCAUCCUGGCCGCCUUAGUGGUGGUAACUUCGUGUUAUGAAUCGCAUGAAAGCAUGGAAUCUUAUGAACUUUAUCCCUUCAUUAACAGGAGAAAUGCAAAUACCUUCAUAUCCCCUCAGCAGAGAUGGAGAGCUAAAGUCCAAGAAAGGAUCCGAGAACGCUCUAAGCCUGUCCACGAGCUCAACAGGGAAGCCUGUGAUGACUACAGACUUUGCGAACGCUAUGCCAUGGUUUAUGGAUACAACGCUGCCUAUAAUCGCUACUUCAGGGAGCGCCGAGGGGCCAAAUGAGAUUGGGGGAAGAAAAAAUCUCGCUUUUUCUGGAGUCUGGCACCUGAUUUUGUAUCCCCUUGUAGCAGCAUUACUGAAAUACAUAGACUCAUAUACAAUGCUUGUUUCCUGUAUAUUCUCUUGUCUGGCUGCACCCCUUUUUCCCACCCCCACAUUGAUAAGUAAUGAAAGUGCACUGCAGUGAGGGUCAAAGGAGAGUCAACAUAUGUGAUUGUUCCAUAAUAAACUUCUGUUGUGAUACUUUCA